AUGGAUGACCGAUAUCCAUUUAAAAAUUGAAAAGAGUCAAGCCAUUGCCAAAGAAACAGGUAUUUAGCUUCACACAAUGCAAAUAACAACACCGCAGGCUUGAGAUUUGAUUUGAGUUAUGAGAUUAUCUCUUCCUCAAUACUCAGAAUUGACGGAGGAAUAAAAUUUACUUGUCGCAGCCUAUUUGAAGACAAUCCUUUUCUUCAAGGAGAAAUUAUAAUGUAUAAGAAUGAAUGCAUCCACGUUUAUCUAGACGAAAUAAACCCGAUUUUCCCACGAUUUCGAAUCCCUAGUGGCGAUAUUUUAAACCCACAAGCUUUAGAAAAAAUUGAUUUUUCUUGUAUAUUCCUGUUUACCAAUAAUAGCCCACUAAGGAGCAUUUUUGGUUCGCCAUUCUUAAAUUUGGUUAGCCAGAAAAUAUGGCAUGCUAACGGAUUUGGUAUAGGAAUUGCCCAUCCUCGGGCAAUUAGUAUAAGCCAGCUAUUGCCCGGCCAACCAAAAAAUGCUGCUUAGUGGGCUAUUCUUGGUAAAUAAGUAUAGAAAUUUCAGAAAGAAAUGCUAUUUUUACUUGAAAUAAAGCAAAAUAUGAAAUAAAUUUUUCUCCUAUUUUAAUAAAAGGAUAUUUUAAAGGCUCCCUGACUGUAUCAGCUAAUGCAUCUUCUUUAAUGAAUUUUGAAAGAUAUAGAAAAUUCACAGACGACAUUAGACCAAAAAAUCAAGAAAAAAAUCAAAAUUUCCCAAUACCAACAAUAGACUCUGCUGGGAUUUAUAAAGAAAAAAAUGGAAAUUUAGAGAUUUUUCAAGACCUUUGGGUGGAAAAAUAUUUCGGAUUUACUGAUAUAAAAUAUCGUGGGCCUUGUAGUGUAGCAAUGGAUUUUGAGUUUGCAGAGGCCACCCAUGUGUAUGGUUUAGCUCACCAUGCUGACGAUUUACCAUUAAAAGAUACAGUAAAUUCUGACCCGUACCGGUUUUUUAAUUUUGACCAUUAUAAAUUUCAUUUAGGAGAAAAAUCAGCCUUAUAUGGAGCGUCUCCAUUUAUAGUAAGCAGAAGUCAAAAAAAUUAUUCAGCUGGAGUGUUUUGAAUGAACGGGUCUGAGACUUGGAUUGACAUAAAGACCUGGGACAGAACUAAGCAGACGCACUGGAUGUCAGAAGCAGGGGUCAUGGAGUUUAUUAUGUUUGUUAAUAAAUCUCCUCUAUCAAUUAUCAAAAAGUUCACAAUGGCUACUGGUCCAGCCCAACUGCCCCCUCUUUUUGCCUUAGCAUACCAUCUCAAUCUUAAUUAGCAGAUUUGCUUUGCUGGUAGGGUUACACAGUCAUCAAGGAUGCUUAAGAGUUUCAUCUGCUUUGUGAGAUUCCCUGUUGGGCACUUGAACGGUUGAGAUGGCUUAGCUGGCAAGUUGCCUCAGCUCCUUUUCCGGACGUUGAUUCUACGAAAAUCUAGAGUAUCUUGCUUGAACACUCCCCUUGCCUUCACGCUCCAUUGUUGAGUGGUGGACUAUGAACUUCUGCAGCGCUGUAUCGGGAAAUUGAAGAGUAGCUUGAUUCAGGGAGAAACCUGGAGUCCAACGGGCGCUGGAUUCAUACCCUCAGCAGCUAAAGAAAAAACUUAAUCCCUGGGCAUAGGCCUCGGUGGGAUCUUAUUUUCGACCCCAUUAAAUUAACCCCCUCAUCCUCACCCUCACCCUUGGGCCCAUGCCACAACUACUGGAUCGUGGUGAAGCACUUUAGAGUUUGAUGCGGUUAAGCCGCCAUUUGAUGAAUAUACCUUAGCCUACCAUCAAUCGCGGUGAGACUACAACACUCAAUCCGAAGUCCUCGAAAUUUCUUCAAAUUUCGAUAAAAAUGAUUUACCUCACGACUCAAUUUGGCUUGACAUAGACACAGUUGACAGCUUUGCCUACAGAACUUGGAACUACCAGAACUAUCCUUCUCCUAUAGAAAUGCUUGAUUUCCUCUCCCUAAAUGGUCGAAAACUUUUUGUUAUUGCUGACCCUCACAUAAAAAGAAGUUUUUCCUAUGACCUUUAUAGAGAGCUAUCAGAAAAAAAAUUUUUUGUAAAUGAUAAAAAUGGUUUAGAAUGAAUGGGAGACACCUGGCCUGGGAAUUCUUGCUGGCCUGAUUUAUCAAGACCUGAGGUCCGUGACCUUUGAGGAUCCUAUUACAGCUUUGAAAAUCAUAAAGACUCUACAAUGGCUUUAUUGUUCUGAAAUGAUAUGAAUGAGCCUGCUAUUGCAUCUGGGCCUGAAAAAACCUUGUCAAGAAACUCUUUACAUAAUCAAUAUGAGCAUAGGGAGCUGCACAAUUUAUAUGGACUCUAUACACAAAAAGCAUCAUAUGAAGGGGUAUAUAAAAGAAAUGGGAAAAAAGAAAGGCCUUUUGUAUUGGCCAGGUCAUUUUUCAGCGGAUCUCAAAGGUAUGGCGCUACAUGGGCAGGAGAUAACCUAGCUAGCUGGGGUUAUUUAGACAUUUCUAUACCAUUAAUUUUACAAUGUGCGGUAAGUGGGCUAAGCUUUACAGGCUCUGAUAUAGGAGGUUACUGCUUUGAUCCUAGCCCUGACCUCUAUUCUCGGUGAUUCCAAAUAGCAGCGUAUUACCCAUUUUUCCGAUGCCACUCGCAGAAUGAGUCAAAACGCAGAGAGCCCUGACUAUUUGCAGAGCCAGUCCUCAGUAAAAUCCGUAUUGCUAUACGAGAACGAUAUAGGCUCCUUCCAUAUUGAUAUACUUUAUUUUACAAAUACAGCACUAAAGGUACCCCUGUGGUAAUUCCUAUGUUUGCAAUGUACCCAAAUGAUGAUAAUGCUGCUGAUUUGGACAGACAAUUUAUGGUCGGCUCAGGGAUUCUUGUAGCUGCUAUUACUCAGGAAAAUCAAGAUAAAGUCUCUGUGUAUAUUCCUGAAGGAAAAUGAUAUGAUUAUCACAGCUAUAUAGAGGUUAAAUCAGGAAAAUUAUUGGUGGAUACAGAAGAGUAUUGGGUUCCAGCCUAUAUUAGAGGAGGAAGUAUUAUAACUAGACAAGAAAAAGUAAGAAAAUGCUCAAAAGAUAUGUAUAAUGAUCCUUAUAGCUUUAUAGUAGCACUCAAUGAUGAGGGAAAAGCUUCAGGAAGCCUUUAUAUUGAUGAUACUUUGACGUUUAGAUAUCUAGAUGGUGAGUUUAUUUAUGCAAAAAUAGAGCUCUCAGAAGGGAUUUUUAAAUAUGAAAUCCAAAAAGGGCAUAUAGAUCUGAAUAAUGUUGUGGAAAAAAUCGUGAUUAUAGGAAUAAAACAAGUGCCUAGAAAAAUUGAACAAGAAAACCAAAGGGAAAUUGAUUUUCAAGUAAAAGGAAAUACAGUUUUUAUAUAUCCCAAGGCUGUAAAAAUCGAUCAGUCCUUUGUAAUAAAAUUAGCUUACAUUUAA